AUGUCACACGCAACAACAAGAUCCAACCUUCAGAUCAAUUUCUUUCGAUACAAUAGAAUUACAGAGAUUAGCAUCUGUUAUUCCUCUUGUUUGUCUCGGGAUCUCAUGACUAAAGCCUCCUCAAACAGUGGCAUCAUGAUCACAGAUACAAACUCCAGCGAUGUUUGCAAGGCACCAUUUGAAGUCCCAGCUUGUGAAUUCUAUAAACGAAGCGCGCUUUUCCAUGGCGGAGAUAUGGUCGAGGUCGUUUUAGAGCCUUCCAAAGGCGAGACGGGCAAUGAAAAACGAGUGGUGUCUUGCACCGUUCUGUCCUAUUAUUCGAAAAUCUGUGAGGAGAAACUCAGGUUGUUUCGAAGUAAAGGUGACAGAGAUUCCGACGAUGUCAAUGGUCAAAGCAAUCAUAAUGCGAUCUUGGAGUUAAACCAGUGGGAUGUCGAGACUUUCGAUAUGGCACUCCAGUGGAUGUAUACUGGCAAUAUCGUCAUCCAUCUCGCGGACCCCAAACCUUUUGAAGCAAUCCGAUUGUAUAUUCAAUUUUUCAAGAUUGCAAAGGCGUUGGAACUCAAGGGCUCUUACUCGAAUGUAGAAAGAAAUCUCACAGUUGAACUUGCCACUGCAUCGGCAGAAGAAUAUGAUGAAGAUGACGAGGAUGAGGACGAGAAGUCAUCUAUUAUAAGCUCCGCGUUUAAGGAAAUACUGAAAGAUGCAUUUGCAUAUCCCAUUGAGAAACAAAUCCGAGAGCUCCUGGCGAGCUUUUUGCUCAAACCGUAUGUAAAGCACUUACUAUGCUCUGAUACAAAUGCGACAAAGGCAAAGGAGUUUAAGAAGUUGUUUGAAGAAAUUGAGGGUCUUGAAUUGGAUGUUCUGAGGUUAGUCGGUGGAUCGUUGAGUAGUCUUUCGAUGGGUAAAGUGGAUAGUGAUGGGUAUUCGAGAUCGACGAUGUGGUGUCCGUUGACGGAAUUGAGAUUUGAUACGGGGAGUGUGUAUAAGGUGGGACAGUUUGUGAAGAAGACGAAGUUGAGUGAUCCGGAGAGUAUGUAUAAGGUGGGACAGUUUCCGCGAAGUUGAGUGAUACUUGAGCAUUGUGUUGUUUGGUUGUAAGGGUGGUUCUUUGAGCGGCGUUGGUGGUGUUCUGAGGAUAGAGUUUGAGAUAUCCAUGGAUCUUACCUAGUAUU